AUGGCAGCACCGACCUGCCACUGCUUCUGGAACGGACAAAUCACGACGCAAUGCGGCAACGUCACCCCCUGCGGAACGGGCGAGCCAGGAUACCACAACUCCACCUCCGGCACGCAACUCUGCUGCGUAGCAGGCGAUACCUGCGGCGCGAACUCCAUCUGCCGCGCCUCGUCUGCACAAUCAUCGCUCUACUCCGGCUUCUACCUCGGCGGCUGCACCGAUGCGAGUUUCGACGACCCCCUCUGUCGGCGGGAUUGCAAUGAUCGCGGCACGGAAUUGCUCGGCGCGGAUGUGGUUUACGAGCAAGCGACCGGGGUCUGGAGUUGCUGUGGACGGACGAGCGAUGGGACGGCCCAGGUGGAUUGUGACAUGCCGGUCGAUCGCUUGUCGUUUGAGAUUGGAUGGACACCAGAUCAGUUCCCGGGGCCGGUGGGGAAAGCGCUGACUCCGGGCGUCACGACGACGGUAGGAAGUGCCACGAGUGCGGCGUCGAGCACGGCGACCGGGGUCGGAGUCGCAUUGGGUGCUCUGGCUCUAAUCGGACUGAUCGCGGCCAUCGUUUUCUGGCGGAAGAGAAAGACCAAGCAAGACAAGAGCAGCAGGUCCGGCCCCGUGACAGAGACAUCGCAAAGCCCUCAAGGAGGAUACAUGCACGACUCCAAGCCCAUGCUACCCCCUUACGAUCCGCGUUCUGCAUCCCAUCCGCACGAAAUGAACUCUCCGCCUACCGACCAGGGGUAUGCGGCCCGUCCGUACGAACUGAAUGCUGCGCCAACGACGCAUGAGUUGGACUCGAGGGCUUUUCAGGGCACAUCAUGA